UUGAAACUGUUAAGCGUUUUGUCUUCGUGUGGAUGGGGCCUAAGACACCUGUGUGUACACUGAUAUCAGUAGCCAGUUAUUCCCACGUAGGGUGAUAACAUUGUCAUAAUAAGUCAUAAUUUCCUAUUCGGCUCCCUUAAACCUUCUAUGUUGAUUGAGAAAAAACGUGAACUUUGUUUUUACUCAUAAGAUUAGGAAGCUGUGGUUCAUUCAGUUGCUUUUUAAACCUUUCUGUAAAUACAAACACAGCUACUAAGUAUUUGUCUCUGUUCUCCUUUUAGUUGCUGUUUCAUCCAUCCCCUGACCUUUCACCUCUGCGUCAACUAGAAAAGCGAACCCAAAGGCACUUUUAAGAGCCAUAUCUUUCUGUCUUUCUAUCUGUCUAUUUCUGUCUUUCUGUUCAUCUGUCUGUCUGUUUAUCCCUCUAUCAGUGUCAGUGUCCUCAUCAGCCAUCCGUAAAUUCUUUGUAUAGUAAGUCUGCCUGUUUGUCUGCACUUGUUUAUUUGUUUGUCUUUAUCUGUUUGUCCGUACCUGUUUAUUUGUUUGUCUGUAUCUGUUCUGUGCAAUGGACAACAGACUGACCCUUGACCCCCAGAAUCCCCACUACAAAGAGGGGAGGCGAAUGGCGAUUGAAAUGAGACUUGACCAGAUGCUUGCUGAAGCCAGGAAAGCCGCUGAGCUCAGGAGAAGGUCGUCUUCCCAAGACUCGGCAAAGAAGGCUAAAAGGCCAAGGCAAGGACAAGGAAAGCCCAGGGGGAGGAAUGGUGGGCGACGCAGAGCCUCGGCUACAGUUGGACAUCCUCAGGCUGAGUGCUCCCUGUCAUCCAGUGUGGAAGAUGUUCCAACUUUACCAUCACCAAGUCCUCUGGAAAAAUUUGCAAAAAACAUGGAGCAGCUCUCUGCUAUUUUGGAGUCAUGCCAUUCUGCUGAGCCUCAGAAAAGCUCCUCAUCCUGGUCUGACCGUCAGCAUAAAGCCUCGGAGCGCUGGAAAGAGUCAAGGCCAUACAACCUCCAAUGCCUCAUUGAAGAAGAGUCUGUUGGGCAUCCCUUGUGUUGUCUCUGCAAUGAACCUGCAGUCAUUCGGUGCAGAGAUUGUCUUCCUGAGGAGUGGUUCUGUGGUGACUGUGAUAUACUGCAUCACAAAAAGCAGCCACUCCACAACCGGGAGUGCAUUAUUGAUGGUUUUUUUAAAGCCAUUCCCCCAAGUACGUGCAUCAUGAACCAGGGCGAUGGAUAUUGCACCCACGAGCAAGCAUGUCUUUUGCCAGUUGGGAAGGCAUCGUGCUCUUCUUGCAAAGGCACAAAUAUUGUCACAUCACCAGGAAAACCAGUGAUUUUAAUUACCAUCAAUGGACGUUAUGACUUGCAUCAACCACUGCACUUCUGUGAAACAUGCCAGAGGCAGUGGGCUCCAGAACUGAAGGACCUCAUUAGGAGCGGUUAUUGGCCGGCCUCUCUUAGUGUGUAUACCUUGUACACACUAGACCUUCUGAGCUCCUUUCAGGAAUUGAAGGUCAUUUCUCCUGGUUUUGCCAGACAGGCCUUUGCAAAAUUGCUGGAGCACCGCACAAAGUGUGGAGGGAGAGUGUGA